GAAAAGUCGCAUUAUGGAAAAAUCACAAUUACUCGAACCUCAAUCUCAUCGUAUCGUACCAUUUUCUGUUUCAACAAUCAGACGUAGUAGCAUCCGAUCACUUGUUGCAGCGCCAGGCACGUGUUCGCAGUAGCAAAGUGCGUUAGCAUAGCAGGCAUUCCUUCGGAACUUCCACUCGAAGAGCGGAGAGCCAUGAAGGAAAGUAGAAAGCACAGCCGGAGCGCAAUGGCCGGAGCCAUCUUGCGGUCCCGUGUGGCGCUUCCGGUCACCAUCUUUGUGGUGGCGAACUUUGGCGGAAAUGGAAUUCACGCCCGGCGGGGUGGAAUGUUGCGUUCCGAGAAGCACAGAAUGCGCGACCUCGCUGCAGAGAAUGGCGGAGUAGCACCCCCGUGUAUCAAAUGCAAAUAUGCCUGGAUCUGGUGGAUUGCUGCAGAAGUAUGUCAUGCACGAGGUGUGGUGUCGCAUGACCAUGAGAUAGAGUUUGCUGGUUGCGCACUGUAGCAUCAAAAGUUUUGCGAAGGCUCUUCAAAACUGCCUAUGUAUUCGGCAUGAGAAAAAGGCCGUCUUCAUGUCGUUUUCGAGCCGUGCUUUCGCAACGAUUGUUCGAAUACAGAUUUUUGUGUGGUCUAGACCUAGCAUCGCAAAUUCGGAGGAUCUCCCAGGCCCAGACAUAUUUGCUUCUGAUAUUGUGGGAACCCGCGCCCAAUACACUUUUCGGUAUGUACAACAUGUACAUUGCCCCAUAAUCAAGAAAAAUCAUCAUCGCAAUCACCUUUGUGCAUCUGCGGAAAAUAAAAAGUAAAUCCUGUGCACCUGAUCGACUAUUCUGUCAUGUGUGUCGUGCGAAAAAGUAAAUGCAUAAUACUACAAAAAUUUAUUUCUUCACAUCAAGCUCAAAACUUGCAAAUUCUUGACUGCGAUGUUGUCUUUUUGUACCAUACGCGGCUUCUGUGGACGACCUCGACAGCGGCCGUCGAGAAGGACGGGCCAACGACUGGCGCCGUGGAGGGAAAGAAUGUGGGUGAUGGAGAUGAAACCGCGAGCGCGCCGCUGUCCUUCAUCGAGAUGAAAGGGACGGAAAAUGAGAAAACACCGGCGUCAGGUAUUCUAACAACAAGGUAACAAGGAGCCUAGACGUGACCGGGGGGGUCACGUCCGUCCGGCCGGCCGGACGGACGGCACGUGACCGGGGGUCGGUCGUGGCGCUAGGAGGUGGUGGCCACUGUGGACCGCGCGCCCGGGCAACUAAAAAAAAAAGGGUCAUGAGCUCGGCACUUUACUGAAGAACUGCUUCCCUUCGUCACGCUCCGCCCCCGGUCACGAGGCCGGGGGCUGUCAGCUAGCUCGGGCGCCCAACUAAAAAAAAAAGGUCAUGAGUUCGGUCUUUCACGGAAAAAGGCACGACUCCUGUGCCUGGUCCGCCGUCGGUGACGCGGCCGGGGGCUUCUAGCUACCGAGGGCCACAGUUGCUGCGGCAUUCAGCGCCGAACUCGCCCCGAGGCCGGAUCACCCCCGGUCACGUGCCGUCCGUCCGGCCGGACGGACGUGACCCCCCCGGUCAGGUCUACGUUCCUUGUUACCCUGUUCUAAUACACUUAGGAAAAUCAUAUAUGUUUUAGCGGAACGUCGAAUAUUGACCGCGCCUGUUCGUAGCACCCGUUUCUUUUUGCUGUUUGAACUUGAAAGAAGUCAUGACCGAAACAUUCUAUGGUAAUCCUAUUGCAGCUGAAAACUUAAUCGCAGGUGCAGCACACACGCAGGAAGUGUUGAAGUCCACCGAACACAAGGGCUCUGGUUCUCCUUCUUUCCUCGAAACGGAGAUGACCACGACUAGCGAAAGCGCCAGUACCGCCGAACCGCAAGCCGAAUUAGACUCGGACACCGUCCAGCAGAUGAUGAAGAAGUCUCUGGAUCAACUGAGCAAGGGAGGUAGAAGACAUUCUUUGUUCAUGAAGUUGUUGAACUUGUUUUACGAAUCUGCAAAAUGAUUUCCAUUCAUCCCAUUGCAAUGGUUUUGGAUUCGUGUAUAGGAGAGAAGGUGAGCAUGAAGUAGUACUGCGCCGUUAAUUUUGUCCUGCAAAGAAACGGACCUAAAAAACAAAAAAUCGCAGGGCGCAAAGUGGAGCCGAAGCCGACCGACGAGGACGGAGGUGUGAAGAAGCCGGAGGAGCUGGUGUCUCUGUCCACCGUGGCCAACUCCGCGAACUCGCAAACCUCGAACGGCGGGGAAGUGGAUGCCACAAAAGCUGCGCAGAUGGAAAGGACCUGGAAAUCUGAAUCCCAGGGGGAGGAAGGUACUUACGGAUUUUUUUGUGGCGGAAAUAUAAGGAUGUGCUAGGUGCUGAAGAUUGAUGGAACAUGAUGCCUGCUGCAUGAUAGAGAACACGCAAGAACAAAUACGACGCAUUGAUGGAACAUGAUGCCUGCUGCAUGAUAGAGAACACGCAAGAAGAAAUACGACGCUCACGGGUGGUAGAAGUGAAAAAUACUCGCGAGCAGAAGAAUGAGUUUCAUUUUCACUCAAAUUUACAGGUGAGAAAGGACCACGAGAAGCUGGGCAGACCACAGGAAAAGUCGCAUUGAAGGAAGAAGGCUCGUCCCUGUCCCCUGCCGCGUCCAAGGUCAAGCCGCAAAUGGUCGUGAUCGACGAGAAUGAUCUCGCCGCGGUGACAACCGCCGCAAAACCGGAUCUGGUUACUUCCGUGGCCGGGGCAGCUGCGAAGAACGUCGCUACCCAGAAGGUCGCGAAGUUCACCUCUGCAGCAGACUCCGCAAAGCAACGGGAUUCUACCAAAAUCGCCACGGAGCCGGAAAAAACAACGGCCGCAACGAUGACGACGCACUGGGUUUCAUCCACUCCUACUACAACACCGAGCAACUACGACUUGGUGUUUCUUCCAGCACAGCUGCCUGCGGCUGUGGCGAAGAAGCAAGCGGAAGAAGGUAGUGCUGGUGGUCAAGGUGCAGGCGGGGCGGUUGCCUUCGUGGAUUUGAUGGAGCACAAGACGUUCGUGGAUUUGACAGGAUCAUUCACUGCUGGGAAUGUCGAAGCAGCUGCCCGUAGCUUCCCUCCGUCUGCUUCCUCCUGCGAGGAACAUGUAGAUGACGAGGAACAACUACACGAGCAGCGCUGUUUCACGCCGCCGCAAAAUUCCUACGCGGCAAGCCGUUCGUCUGGCGAGGAGGACGGAACGAGCUCGAACGAAAGCAGCAGCGCUAUGGGACUCUCAAUUGUUACAUUCUCAACUGUUACAUGAAUUUGUAAUGCAAGACUGGCAAAAGUGAAAGGAGGAAGAUUGCGCCUUUUGCAUUACAAGUUUGGCGCAGAUUUAGGCGCGGCUUAGCCCUUCGCAAACUUGUCACGCGGAGCAGCUUCUUGAUCGUGAGGAUGAUGAUGGUGUUUUUGCAUGACAAAUUCAUGUAACAGUUGAGAAUGUAACGUUUGAGAACCCCAUAAGUGCCUCCACUACCACGGGUUUUGUGCAGCUCAUCGAUGCAGACACGAAUUCUUCCUGUGCGAGUAGUGAGCGCUCGGUCACCUCCGAAUCCGUGCGGGACCUGGAGAGCCCAUUUGCACAGUCGUCCUCGUCUGGAGGUGGCUCCUCUAGCUCGUCCAGUAGCAGCGACGGCAGGGCGAAAUCGUCGAGAAGCAAGUGCGCUGCGACGCUGCCGUGUUUGCCGCAGGACAGGGGGGCUCUGGCGGAAAACAGCACGACUAGUACCCAGGUGGACACUAAAAUCCACCGCGCUUCUCGUAGUUCUAAGACGAAGAAAAGGAGCGGCCGGAAAAGCAAAAGCCAGAGCGGUGCGGCUUCUGUCGCAGUGGCUUCGAAACUGGAUAAUUUCGGGGCAAGCAAGACGCAUGACGAAGACCGACCUGCCGUGAACGCUAUGGAGGUACCCGGGAAUGCCACUGUAUCAUCCGUCGAUGUAGUUGCCACGGCCAGUACAACGGAAGACUUAAAGGCACGACCUUUUUCGGCCGCGACGAAUGGAUCGUCGUCCUCAGGAACCAACAAGAUGGUGCGUCGAAGGUCAACAAAUACCAGUGAAGAUUCUUCGGGUACCGGUUACAGUGCCGCCUCGAGCAGACCGAGCGUCGGCCAGUCCUCCGAUGGCCAUGCUGCUACCUCGUCCAGCACCGGCAGUUCCGCUCGAGUCGUUGAGCGGAGCAGUAGCAACAGAAACAGCCGGGAGUCCACGUCAAAUAUUAACGAAGACCAACACCAGAUAGACACGUUGCUGGAGGAAGAAGGAGCGGGCACGACAGACGGGCAGAGGGCAUCUGGUGCAGAACCGUCGCGACAAAAGAUCUUCAUAACCCGGACCGGAAAGAUGCUGCGCAGGAAUCCUUCCCGGACCCCUCGCUACGCGGAGGACCAAGUGUUGUCGGGAGGAGGGGUUGAGCUUGAUUUUCACUUUAGCACCCACAGUCAGCCCCGUAGCAGCGCGGAUGUCGACAUUCAUGAUGCGGACAAAGAGGAGAAGGCGGGGCGGUUGCGUUCGUGGAUUUGA